AUGGUCAUGGCUGGGCAGAUGUGUCGUCGAUCCCGUUUGCAUGCCACCAGUGUGGUGCAGGUUCUUUGGGCUGGGGCCUGGGCCAUUGCAUGGCUGGGCCGGCCGCUCUCAUUGGAGAGAUCGCUUCCGCUGGCUUCGGUAAGCGCAGGGUUCGAAGAGCGCUUCUUGAUGUGGCGCGAGGCUGCGAAGCAGCAUCCUGUUCCGAACCGCCCACCGUACAUUGCCUGCACGGAGGCAGCCUCAGUGCGUGCAGCAACUUGUCGGCGGCUUCUGCGGACAUGGCCAGGAGGCCCCGUGGAGGACUUUCGCUCCGUUGUCGGAGGCCUCAGUGGCUUCGACAGCCUCGAAGCCCUUUCCAAGGCCCAGGUUGGGGUUCGAAAAGUCACGCUUUUCGACAUCAACCGGACACAGCUGCUCUACGGCGAGCUGAUCCUGGAGCUCCUGUGUCUGGCGAGUUCUCGUGAUGCCUUCCUGGCGUCCCUCUUCGGGCGCUCGGAGAGGAAGUUCGGCAGAGUGCUUGGAGCUUCAAACAUGAUGGACUUUCUCGAUUUGCCGGUGGACAGAGACAUCGAGUCUUCGAUCGCAUGUCAGCUGCCGGCCAAGUUGCAAGGACUCUAUCGGACGGUGUUUACUUGCAUCUCCGCACCAUGCGGUUGGCCAGUGGCCUGGCCAUCGUUCGGGCAACGCGAGAAGCUUCCAAAGAGGAGGAAUUGUGUUACUUCCCUGACAAAGUCGCAGAGGCGCCUGGGUGGCCAGAAGAAUGAGGCCUUCCACAUAAACGAGUGCGGUUGGCUGAAGGAGGAAAGGAGCUACUGUCGACUCCGUGCGUUGUUGAUGGAUCUCCGCGCAUCUGGCUCGCUGUCUUUUCAGCGGAAGAACUUGAAAAACAUGCAUCCAACUGAUGGAUCGACAGUGCUCUUCAUCUCCAACAUCGACGGUUCACCGCAAUUCCUGGAUGAGUUGGCUUUGAAAAACUUGCGCCAGGGCCUUUCCAGAAGGCAUGGUGGGACGCUGCUUCUGUCAACUCGGCGGGCCGAGUGGCUGGCUGAGGACGGCUCGCCGCUGGAGCUAGCUGAGCUUGCGGGGGCCCUUGCUUUUGGUUGUCUGCCCACGGCCAGGACAGCUCGUGCCAAGCUGGCUGAAGGCCAGAAUCAGGAUGACCUUCUUUGGAUUGAAAUUCAACAGUAUGAGCCGAGUGAGAUGUGCAUGGACGACUCAUUCCUGCGAGCAUUUCUGGCUCUGUUCAUCAUGGUGAGCCAGGACCCACAAGUACUGAAAGGCUCCGAGUUCACUCGAAUGUUUGUGGCCUCGGAAGUUGCAAAGCCUUUCGAUGCGGGGCUGAUGUGGGGUGCUCCGCAGUCUGCAAGUGGCGGAUGCACCAUGCCCCGAGAGCUCGGACGGCUGGGGCCCCUGGAGCUGGAAGUGUCGUUCGACCUGGCAACAGCAAGACACGUGAGCAAGAGGAAGCGAGGAAGCGAGGAAGCGAGCAAGGAGGUGACGGAGGCCGAGAUAGAGCCAGCUCCAAAACGGGACGCUGACGAUGAGGACGAGAACGAUGUCGAGGUGCUGCUUGGAGCGGCCGACGCCUCGGCCUCGGGCCGAGACCCGCGCCACGAGGAGCCCGAGCCGAAGACUUUCCAGGUGCACAUGCGGGAACUCCAAGCCCAUUCCGUGACAGUGGAGCCUUCGGCGGCAAGCUGCCCUCCGCAGACGGAGGUGCGAAGCUCCGGCCCCAGCCCGGGCUCGCCCGAGAAGAGGCUCAAAGGCCGCUUGGCGCCCGUGGUGCACAAGUUUCUGCUCGCGCGGCGUCUGGGUCACACGACCGAACGUCGGGUUGAUGGAGCGACGUCAGAGUAUCUCAGCAACGGACAGGGAGACGCAGCUGCUUUCGAGGAGGCGGUCCGAAAAGAGGCCACAGUGGAGGUGGACCGCUUCCAGCUGCGAGCGAGCUUCGAUAUCGGUGACGAAGAGCUCGUUGACAUGAAGCGGAGGUGCAUCACAAAGCAGAGCUCAGAGCUCGUAGCUGGGUACAAUGUGAAGCAUGUGGCUUCGGCAGCCUCCGAGCAGGGACCCACACCUGCGGAGGUGAAGGAGGAGCGCAUGUUGAAUUCCUGGCAGCUGUUUCCAAUCCACCCGUCUUCCAAGAGGCGUCUCGUUUGGGAUCUACUGGCAAUGGUUUUGCUCCUCUUCGACAUGGCUUCUUGGCCUAUCAGUGUCUUCGAUAUACCUGACACCAUUUUUACAUCCGCCAUGGGGAUGGCUUGCACCAUCUACUGGACGGUUGACAUCCCGGUGUCCAUGCUGACUGCAACAUACCGGAACGGGAAGCUGGUGACGAGCUAUUAUCUUAUUCUGUACACGUAUUCGAGGACAUGGAUGCCCAUCGACUUCUUGCUUGUGAGUGUGGAUUGGGUUGCGACAGUUGCAAACAUGAACUCUGCUGACACUCUGACGUUGGCCAGAACGAUGAGGACUGGACGGAUUCUUCGGAUGUUGCGUUUGGCACGCUUGCUGCGUGUUGUCAAGCUGAAGCGCCUCUUCGAUGACUUGAAGCAGCGGAUGGCAGGAGAAAUUGUCACUUUCAUGAUCAAUGUCGUCCAGCUUUUCGUUUCGACGAUGCUGCUGACCCAUGUCCUCGCAUGCGUUUGGUAUUGGCUUGGUAGCGAGGAAGAAGGAUGGGUCUACACUGAAGGACUGUACGGCCAGGAUCUAGGAACCACGUAUCUCCAGAGCAUGCAGUGGUCACUGUCGAGGUUGCAUCCGAUUUCACUUCGAGACAACAUGAAGCUGCGUCUGCCGCAAGAGCGAAUGUUCUCGCUCGUCGCCAGCUUCGGAUCACUCCUGUUCUCAUCGAUUUUCAUCAGUUAUGUGACAAACACGAUGGCCAAGUUGGCGCGCAUGUGGAAAGAACGGAGCAGAAAGCUGGGAGCCAUCAGCGACUAUGCAGCCACGCAUCGCAUCAAUGCGGCCCUUACUGUCCGGCUGAAGAAGUACAUUGAUGCCCGGCUCGAGCGGGUGAAGUGGAAGGCCAGCCUUCAGGUCCUGGAGGCGGCGUUGCCGGAGGAGCUGCUCCGCGUGCUGUAUCACACGGCGAGGACCCCCACGCUGGUUCACCACGACCUCUUCUCGAAGAUCAAGAUAUCUUCGAGCCAUGCAAUGGAAGACCUCUGCUAUGAGGCUGUGCACGAGCAGCAUAUUCUGGCAGGCGAUGCAAUCUUCGAAGUCGGUGCGGUCGCUUCCAGCAUGUACAUGUGUGAGUCUGGGAAGCUGCGAUACUCCAUGGACGUGGAGAUGGCUGGAGGGAGAGACUCGAUUCACAAAGAGACGGUCAGUGAGCGCCUCUGCUGUUGCCGGUCAUCGAGCCGGAACCGGAACCAGGUGAUGCCUCACGAGGGCUUGAACAAGAAUCGAGAUUCGUCUCUGGAACUGUUGUCGGGGUCGUGGAUCAGCGAGCAUGCCCUUUGGACUUCGUGGCAACACACCGGUCGCCUCUCUGGGACAACAGACUCGCAGAUUCUGACAAUCAAGAGCGAGGACUUUGGCCGCGUGGUGCAGCAGGAUUUGCCGACAUUCUGCGAUGUUGUUAUCUAUGCGCGCUACUUCAUACACGAGAUGAAUCAGACGGUGAUCAACACAGACCUUCCUCCUGAUCAGAUGCUCAAGCGCAUCAGGUCGAGGGAUGGUGCUGCAGGCGCCAGCUCCGCCGCCCUUCACGACAGUACUGCCUUCCACGACCUGUUAGCAACUCCAGUUGCGGGCUCCUGA